AUGGAUAAGGAGGAGAAUAUCUGCGACAUUGUAAUUGUUGGGGCUGGAAUUUGCGGUCUCUCCACUGCCCUUGCUCUUCACAGAAAAGGAAUCAAAAGUGUGGUAUUAGAGAGAGCGGAAACGAUAAAAGCAAAAGGUGCAGGUAUCAUAGUUCACUCAAAUGGCUGGCGUGCACUUGAUCAACUUGGCAUUGCUUCUAAUCUCCGAAAAACUGCCAUUCUCGUACAAUCGGGUCAAUAUAUUACAAUCAACAGUGGUGUGCGGAAGAACUUAGCUAUUGGGAAGGGGGAAUUACGAUGUUUAAAACGAGCAGAUGUGAUAAGAAGUUUGGCUGAGAGUCUGCCACCUCAAACCCUACGAUUUAAUUCUCAAGUGUGUUCUGUUGAACUGAAUCCCUUCACUUCUCAUCCAAUCAUUCAGCUUCAGGAUGGAACCCGUCUAAACCCAAAGGUGGUGAUAGGAUGUGAUGGAGUGAAGUCGUUGAUUAGCAACGACACUUUUGGGCAAAAUUAUACAAAGUACCUUUCCACUAGUGUCGUGAGGGGCUUCACAAACUACGAAUAUAGUCAUGGAUUUGGCAAUAAGUUUGUGGUCAUGAGUGAUGGAAAAGCUCAAUUAGGAAGAAUGCCGGUCACCCACAAUCUCGUCUACUGGUUUGUUACACGAAAAUGCACGAUUCCUCCAUCAUCGCAAUCAAGUACAAGAGAUCAUUAUGAUAGUCCUGCGGAAAUCAAAGAGUCAACAUUGAGAACAAUGAAAGGUUUUCCAAAAGAGGUGGUGGAAAUGAUAAGUAAAAGCGUGCUCAGUUCUUUACAUCUUACAGACAUAAUCAAGUAUCGAGCGCCUUGGAGUUUACUAGGAAUAGGAACAAGGUUCCGACGAGGGACAGUGACGGUGGCCGGAGAUGCCAUGCAUGCCAUGGGGCCAUUCCUUGCACAAGGGGGUUCGGCCGCUUUAGAAGACGCAGUGGUCCUCGCUAGAUGCUUGGCACCAAAGUUGUACGAAUACUACUAUUGCUCAUCAUCAUCAUCGCCAUCACCACAUCCACAUCUUAUAAGAAGUAAUACGAAGAUGGUGGAAGAAGCAUUCGAUGAGUACUUAAAAGAGAGAAAAAAGAGAGUAUUUAAGCUUUGCAUGGAGUCUUACCUUGUCGGGUUAAUGGUUGAUACGCCUUCUUCACUGCUAAAAUUCCUAGCUGGUAUUGCCAUGGCUUUGUUAUUUCCCGAUCCUUUUGCCCAUUCCAGCUAUGAUUGUGGUCGUCUUUAAUUAACCUCUCUCUUUAUAUAAAUGUGUGACAUGUCCAAAGGAUUAUUGAUUUCAUAAUUUUUUUAUUUAAUAUUUCUAAUCAAUAUAUACACAUGCAAGGUAAGAACAUUAUUAAUACCCAUGUGAUUGAAUA